CUCAAGCCAAUACACGACGCUUCCGCAAUCUUUUCGCCCAGUAUCGCCGCCCAAUCAUGAUCGCCGCCUCCACUCGCUCAGCAACGCUUUACUCUGCGCCUAUCCUGCGCAGCAGUGUCGGCAUCGGCAGGACCUCAGGCGCAAUGAUGGCAUCGCCGUCAUCUUCCCCAGUCGCUGCUCGUCGUACAUUCAUCAAUGGACCACCCGGUCGACAGCCCUCCAAGACGGUGCGCAACGCUGCCAUGGCCGGUAUUCUUGUCACUGUCACCAUGGGCUACGCGCUCAUGUCGACGACGGCUUCCAAGUAAGCGGCGUAGCGCGACAACUCUUCCGCGGCCUUGGACGAGCGAUUGAAGCUCUCGGCGAUCCCUAGAAAGCUGCAAUCAUAGGUGGCACAUCGCAGUGCGAGCGACUCUCUCUCUCUCUCUCAGCUCACAUCUGCCUCAUUGCGCAGAGGCUGCUGUGCCAUCAAUCUGUAAUUCACCAUGCUCUUGC